UCUUGGAGACGGGUGCCCGGCGGGGUCAAGAGGCGUUUCGGGCCGCAGGCGUGGCUCCGUCGCCUCACGACAGCCCCGCAGUGUGGGCCGGCGAUCCUACGGCACGGCAGAGGUGGGCGGGGGCGGGGGGGGCCCUUGGGAGAGCGCGCGCGCAGCCGGGCCCCCCCAAACCGGAAGGCGACCCCGCGCCCCGCCCAUCCCGGAAGCGAGGGCCUCGCGGAGCGGAGGAAGCCCCGGCGGGCGGCGUUGCCAUGGAGACCGGGCCAGGAGGCGGCGGGGGGAGUGCGGGCCCCCCCAUGCGCCUGCGGAAGCGGAAGUCGGAGCUGUAUCAGCCCGCCCCCGGGGGCGCCUUGGGGCGGGGCCCCGCCGUGCUGGGGGAGACGCUUGGCCUGGGCUUGUGCACCGUCGUCCUGAGGCUGCUCAACUGCUUUCUAGUCCAGACCAGUUUUGUCCCGGAUGAGUACUGGCAGGCCCUCGAAGUCGCCCAUCGACUGGUCUUUAAUUAUGGCUACUUGACCUGGGAGUGGACGGAAGGGCUGCGGGGCUCGCUCUUCCCUUUCUUCUUUGCUGGCAUCUAUAAAGCGCUGCACCUGUUGUCCAGGGAUGAUGUUCAGUGGCUGAUCUGGCUCCCGAGGAUGGUCCAGGCCCUCCUGUCCGCGCUGGCAGACGUGAAGCUCUACUCCUUUGCAAAGCGCCUGGAUGACGGCGAGACGGCCAAGUGGGUGUACUUCUGCCAGCUGUGCUCGUGGUUUACGUGGUUCUGCUGCACCAGAACUCUGACCAACACCAUGGAAACGGUUUUCAGCACCUUGGCCCUCUCCUACUACCCGAUGGAAGGCACGCAGCCGGGGAGCAGGCGGAAGUGCUUGGCCCUGGUGGCGCUGGCCUGCCUCGUGCGCCCCACCGCCCUCAUCCCCUGGGCUCCGCUGCUGCUCCGCCUGCUUUGGAAAGAGCCGCGGAAGAGGGACCUGCUCCUGCACGCCUGCCUCCCUGUGGGGCUGAUCGCUUUAGGAGGCUCUCUAGUAAUGGACCGACUGUUCUUUGGCAAGUGGGUCGUGGUUCAGCUGAACUUCUUGAAGUUCAACGUCCUGCACAACCUGGCCGCCUUCUAUGGCUCCCACCCGUGGCACUGGUACCUCUCCCAGGGCUUGCCGGUGGUCCUGGGCCCCCACCUCCCCUUCUUCGUCCACGGCUGCCUUCAAGCCCCAAAGGGGCAUCGCAUCUUCCUGGCGGUGGUGCUCUGGACCGUGGCGGUUUACAGCACCCUGAGCCACAAGGAGUUCCGGUUCCUCUACCCCGUGCUGCCGUUCUGCAUGGUGUUUUGCGGACGGUCUCUUCGCCAGCUGAAACGGUGGCGGCGGCCCGCCUGCGCCUUCCUGCUGGUCGCCAACCUGCUGCCCGCGCUCUACACUGGGCUGGUGCAUCAGCGCGGCACCCUCGACGCCAUGGGCUACCUGCAAGGGCUGUGCCAGGCGGCCCCGGGCCCCGCCCCGCCCUCCCUCCUGCUGCUCAUGCCCUGCCACUCCACGCCUCACUACAGAGCCACUUUCCCCGGUGGCUCCAGGGAGGAGUUCCCUGACACAGCCUCGCUGCCCACCCACCUGGCCCUCUUCAGUGUGCUGGAGCAGGACAUUUCCUCCUUCCUGGCUGGUCAUGGCUACAGCAGAGCCGCCACGUUCUUCCACACCCACCUCCCUCAGGGCCGGACCGGAAGCCACGUUUAUGUCUACGAAAGGACUCAAAGGCGUCUCCGGAGGCGGCCUGAGGCCAGCUGACAUCCCAAGCUCCGUGGGAGGGAGGGAGGGAAGCCGGGGAGAGCUCCGCCUCGCUGGCCGGCUCCGGGAAAGCUUCACCCACCCACAUGUGGGGGGUGGCCCACCGCUUCUUGCAUCCCCUCAGCUGUUCUACAGCAAGUUUCCAAGCAGAUGGCAGGACCGCUUUCGAUAUCCAUUUUUUAAAUAAAAAGCCCACCGUCUUUUCACCAA